AUGAACCGGAAUCUGGGUCUUGGUUUCUUCGUCUUGCUGUCGUUUCUCAGCAGCUCCGUCGUCAAUUCCCAAUGUAACCGGGGCUGCGAUUUGGCGUUGGCUUCCUACUACGUCUGGGAAGGCAGCAAUUUGACCUACAUCCUCCAGCUGAUGAAAUCCAACAUUCUUCGGGAGACCGACUUCGACGCCCUGCUGAGCUACAACAGGCAGAUACCCAACAAGGACAGCGUUCAGCAGGACACACGGAUCAACGUCCCUUUCCCUUGCGAAUGCAUCAACGGGCAGCUCCUGGGCCACGUUUUCCUCUACCCGACGGUCACCGGGGACACCUACGACCUGAUCGCCGGCAGGAAUUACGCGAAUUUGACCACCGUUGACUGGCUCCGGAGGUUCAAUUCCUACCCUCCCAACAAUAUCCCUGAUAGGAACGCCGUGGGGGAUACUUUGGAAUCGAUUGCCCGGGGAAGUAAUGUGUCGGCGGAUUUGCUGCAGCGCUAUAAUGCUGGUGCCAAUUUCAGUAGCGGGAGGGAUUUGGUUUUUGUUCCAGGCAGAGAUGCAAGCAAUAGCUACCGCCCCUUGAAUUCAAGCUCUUCUGGUGGCAUAUCUGGGGGAUUGAUAGCUGGCAUAUCAAUAGCAGCUGUAGCUGUGGUCUUGUUGUUGGCUGUUUGUGUAUAUGUCAAGUUCUACAGGAAGAAGAAGAAGGUGGCAGGGACCGUACAGUUGCCAGCUUUAUCACUAGGCUACUCUGCCCAAGGCAAGCUAGUAAUUUUUAGCUUUCAAAGUCGUCCUGGAGCUCACUCAGAUAAGCCACUCGAAUCACCUAGUGGGGCGGCAUCUGGAGGACUUACCGGCAUUACUGUGGACAAAUCAGUGGAAUUCUCAUAUGAAGAACUAGCAAAGGCUACCGAUGACUUCAGUUUGGCCAAUAAGAUUGGUGCAGGUGGCUUUGGAACUGUUUACUAUGCAGAAUUAAGGGGCGAGAAAGCUGCAAUCAAGAAGAUGGACAUGCAAGCAUCAAAGGAAUUUUUUGCUGAGCUCAAGGUUUUAAACACAUGUUCAUCACCUGAACCUGGUAAAUCUCUUUCUUUCAGUUACUGGAACCUUAGUUUGUCCCGUCUGAUUGGAUACUGUGUGGAGGGAUCUCUUUUCCUGGUAUAUGAGUUCAUAGAGAAUGGAAACUUGUCUCAACAUUUGCGUAGCACUGGUGAAGAGGGAGCCACCAACGUGGCCUGGCAGAGUGCAAAUUGCACUCGAUUUCUGCUAGAGGCCUUGAGUAUAUCCACGAGCAUACUGUUCCCGGUAUACAUUCACCGAGAUAUCAAGUCUGCAAAUAUAUUGAUCGACAAGAACUACAGAGCAAAGGUAGCAGAUUUUGGAUUGACGAAACUUACCGAGGUUGGAAGUACCUCGCUCCCCACACGUCUGGUUGGUAACAUUCGGAUACAUGCCUCCAGAGUAAGUUCCGGGUAAUAUGCUCAAUAUGGUGAUGUUUCCCCAAAAGUGGACGUAUAUGCAUUUGGAGUUGUACUAUAUGAGCUUAUUUCAGCCAAGGAAGCCAUUGUUAAGCCCAAUGGAUCCAAUACGGAAUCUAGAGGACUUGUGGCAUUGUUUGAGGAUGUCCUAGACCACCCUGAUCCACAAGAAGAUAUCCGAAAACUGGUCGAUCCAAGGCUGGGCGAUAAACUAUCCACUCGAUUCAGUUCGAAAGAUGGCCCAAACUUGCCAAGGCUUGCACGCAAGAGAACCCCCAACUACGUCGAGCAUGAGAUCCAUUGUUGUAGCUCUAAUGACGCUGUCAUCCUCGACAGAAGAUUGGGAUGUUGGCUCCUUCUACGAUACCAAAGCUCUUGUCAAUCUGAUGUCAGGAAGAUGAGAAGUGGGAAGAGAGUAAUUCUCUCUCCCACCCUCGUCUCAUCCCUUCUUGAAUCGUGUGAAUAGUACACAGAUAUUAUUGGGGUUUCUCUCGGGUCAUAGGUCGUAUACCUCCCAUCUUUGUUGUUUUUCUCUGUAAAUGUCAUUGUGUAGCAGCAGCAGCAGCUGAAGCGAAUUCACGGGGGGUGGGGGGUGGAAAUUCAAGUCUUCAGGAAUUUGUAGCAGCAAGAUCGUUUCUUGAUUUGAAUGGAUCAACUAGAAAGAGAAAAGAUCUUUCUUUGGCUUGAGGCAAGGGGAUAGGUUUGGGAAAAUGGUCCCUCCCUAACAGACGACAGUUGCUUUCUAGGAACUUGAAAUGUUUGACACAACUUGAGAUAUUGGCUGACGAAGGAAAGCCGCUACCUCCUGCGGUUUCUUGGGUGUCAAGUUUCUGUGUGUGAAGUGGCGUGAAUGGAAAAGUUAAAAGGUUGACUUUUGAUCAAAAGCGGUUGCCUUUGUUGAAUUUUGAUUGUGGGGUGGCCUUUCUAAACAGUAAAACUGUAUCUUACCUUGCCGCGGAUCGGAUAUGGUUCUCCCACCUACUGUUGGGAGGACGUUUUUUUCAGCGGAGAAUAUGAUAUUUGUGUAAUGAUAUUAUAGUAUACGAUUUACAGG